AUGGCGUCCGGGUGGACCCAAGAGGCCCUGCUGGUCUUCCUGCAGGAGAAAGGGGGCAGAGCGAGGAACACGGACCUCAUAGAGCACUUUAAGGUGGCGUUCCCGGAGGAGCCGGAGGAGAGAGCGGCUGUGCGGAAGGCGUUUAAAACCCACGUGGACAACAUUGCUUUUGUGAAGACUGAGGGUGACGUCAGAUACGUCUGCCUGAAGAAAAAGUUCCGGGUAUGUGGGAGUGACGCAGCUCACCUCACAGCCCAGGCACGUGAGCUGCACCUACCUGGCUCAGGUGACGGAUACGACAGCCAGCUGAGAGAAACGGAGUCAGUCUGUGCAGGUGAGGAGGUGGACAGGAGCUCACCUGAGAUAGGGAAUAGGGAGAGCUUUAAGAGGGAGAAGAGGGAGUCCGAGAAGGAGAAGAAGGAGCCUGAAAUACCAGACAUCUCAGUGACUAAUGCCUCUCCUCCUCCUGCAGACGGAUCCAUGUUCAACCUGCCGGGACCUGUACAGACCGACAGUCAGCCAGCUCCUCCUGCUUCAUUCUCCUCAGGAUGUGCAGUGUGA